UAGGCUUCGGUGUGGUCAUUCCGAUAGCAUCGUGACUCAUGCCGGGCUGGUCCCAGCAUCUGUCAAUCAAGAAAGAGAAUAGCUAUCCCAAUCCAUAACAGUUUUCCUGCUUGAAGAGAGCCAUUCACCCAACACUUGAGCCGAUACAGAGACGUGGAGCCUACUACAUAGGCAAAGCGACCGCCUCUUUCUGCAAUCUCUCCUGUCUGCCUAUAUCGUCUAUCACAGCCACCCCACCCCAACUAUCAAACUGUCUUCCUUCAUCCGACACCUUAUACCUCGCCAUCUUUAUCCUCAAGGCCAAGCAAGUCAAGAACCUUGCUGCUCUAGUGCAAUAUUGACCACACGAAGAAUCCACGCCUCGAACCUCUCUCUCACGCCCCCAAACAUGUGGAACUUCAACCUCGAGGGACACACUAUUACGCUGUCCGGAAGGAAGCUUCGAAUUGAGGAACAGCUGACGGAGGUGCUAGACCUUGAACUGGGCGAGCGGAGCGUUCUCCUCAAGGCCCGAAACCUCGAGAAGAAUGUUGUUUCCCUCAUUCGAAUGCGCUACCAGCUGGACCCGAGGGGCUUCGAACUCAUCUCCGAGGACGACAAGAAGAAGGUCCUGCACAUUGCCGAGCAGGAGUUCCUCUACGAGUGCGAAGCCAUCCAGCUACUUGGGGACGCAGGGCUGGGACCCAAGUAUGCCGACCACCUGAUAUGCUACCAACCGGACUGGAUGCCCUUCCCGGGGGGGUAUGGCCACUUCCUGGUGAUGACGGUGCCCCCGGGCGACAACCUCGACGAGAUCAGCGACGAGCUUACCAAUCGUCAACUGGACAGCAUCCGGACGCAGUUGGCGCGUAUUCUCGAGCUACUGCGGAAGAACAGUCACAAGCUGGUUGACCAACACCCCAGCUAUCUGAACUACGACGUUCGCACCAACAAGCUCUACCUGGUUGAUCUCACCCACCUUCGCGAGACCGACCCGACCGCCGCCACCUCCUUCCCGAUCGACGAGGAGAGUCCGUACGUCGAAGCGUUCAAUCUCUGGCGCGCGCCGUAUCGUAAGCCUGAGACGGGUUCGAGGGGAGGAGGGAGCCAAGCGCCACGAUCGGAUACGUCGGCCGGCAACCGGAAGGCCCCCUCGUCCGAUCAGCUCACCAAGAAGGAAAAUCGGCCCCCGUGGAGACAUUGAUUUCGCAAACGGUAUUUUCGGGAACCUUGAACGUCUGACGGAUGAGACGGCGUUUGGGACUUGGGAGUUUUACACUCGCCGUCGCUUUUCCUUUUCUUUUCUUUCUUUCUUCUUUUUUUUUUCUCUCUCUUUUUUUUCUUCCCGCACCACAUAGCUACGGCACGUCUUCGCCCUAGGUAGUGGACUGCGCGCAAAUCAAGGGCCUGGCGACCUGAUGCCGAUACAUAGGUAGUAAUAACCUCUCUCUUGCUUGGAAAUGAAAUUCGUGUGUUUGCU